UCCAGGCCCCGCCUAUCAGUCAUGGCUACAGAUUCCGUUUUCCUGAUUGGCCGCGAGAGCUCGCCCCCCAAUUCGCUAUUGGCUCAAAUGUCCGCCUCUCAUUAUUGGCUGUCACCCGAGAAACACCAGCACAGCAGUAAUGGCGGCGGCCUUCAGUGUGGCUCGAAGCAGCUGCGGACUGAUAAACGGGCUGAGGACGUCUCUCAGGGGUUUGGCGCCGUUGAAACAUGGCGCAGUCGCCGCUUCGGUACCGGGGACGGGCCUGCACCGGGGCUGCCGCCGGUACUCGGUCGGCCACCUGUCCGUGAAGGAGAGGGUCGACGAGAAGCGGAGGGCGGCGCUAGUCGGGGGAGGUCAGAGCAGAAUAGAUGCUCAACACAAAAGGGGCAAGCUGACGGCGAGGGAGCGAGUGCAGCUGCUGCUGGACCCCGAGUCCUUUGUGGAGACGGACAUGUUUGUGGAGCACCGGUGCUCCGACUUCGCCAUGGAGCAGGACAGAAACAAGUUCCCUGGUGAUAGCGUCGUGACUGGCCGAGGCCGGAUCAACGGCAGACUGGUCUACGUAUUCAGUCAGGACUUCACAGUUUUUGGUGGCAGUCUGUCUGGUGCUCAUGCACAGAAGAUCUGUAAGAUCAUGGACCAGGCCAUGACGGUCGGGGCCCCGGUCAUUGGGCUGAACGACUCUGGCGGAGCUCGGAUCCAGGAGGGAGUGGAGUCUCUGGCUGGAUACGCAGAUAUCUUCCUGAGGAAUGUAUUGGCUUCCGGAGUUGUCCCUCAGAUCUCCCUCAUCAUGGGUCCUUGUGCAGGAGGAGCCGUCUACUCCCCCGCUCUGACAGACUUCACCUUUAUGGUUAAGGACACAUCAUACCUGUUCAUCACAGGACCUGAUGUUGUGAAGUCUGUCACCAACGAAGACGUGACCCAAGAGGAGCUCGGUGGAGCCAAGACGCACACCUCUGUGUCUGGCGUGGCUCACCAUGCGUUCGAGAACGACGUCGAGGCCCUGCUCAACCUGCGGGAGUUUUUCAACUUCCUGCCGCUCAGCAAUCAGGAUCCCGCCCCCAUCAGGGAAUGUCACGACCCCAGCGAUCGCCUGGUGCCUUCAUUGGACACCAUUGUCCCGUUUGAGUCAACCAAAGCCUAUGACAUGUUGGACAUCAUUCAAUCAAUUGUAGAUGAGAGGGAUUUCUUUGAAAUCAUGCCCAACUACGCCAAGAACAUUGUGGUGGGAUUCGCCCGUAUGAAUGGACGCACUGUGGGCAUCGUGGGUAACCAGCCCAAAGUGGCUUCUGGCUGUCUGGACAUCAACUCGUCGGUGAAGGGAGCCCGCUUCGUACGCUUCUGCGACGCAUUCAACAUUCCCAUCAUCACCUUCGUGGAUGUUCCCGGCUUCCUGCCAGGAACCGCGCAGGAGUAUGGAGGGAUCAUCAGACACGGAGCAAAACUGCUGUUUGCCUUUGCAGAGGCCACCGUCCCGAAAAUAACCAUCAUUACCAGAAAGGCUUAUGGUGGAGCCUAUGACGUGAUGAGCUCCAAACACCUGAGAGGAGACGUGAACUACGCCUGGCCCUCGGCUGAGGUCGCCGUCAUGGGCGCCAAGGGCGCUGUUCAGAUCAUCUUCAGAGGGAAGGAGAACCAGGCGGAGGCAGAGGCUGAAUACGUGGAGAAGUUUGCUAAUCCCUUCCCAGCUGCCGUUAGAGGUUUUGUCGAUGACAUCAUCGAGCCGUCGACCACUCGCAAGAAGAUCUGCAGAGACCUGGAAGUGUUGGCCAGCAAGAAGCAAGUCAACCCAUGGAAGAAACACGCCAACAUUCCUCUGUGAAACACACCCAGAACCAUUCCCACACAAACACACGCUCCGAGAGGCAACUUGCCGUGGGAUCCUUUUCUUUGUGUCGGGUCAACAUCCAAAUAAACCGCUGCGAUGAUGACUUUGGGGGCCGGCCAAGCAGAUGUUAGUCGUCAUAUUUAAUGGCUUCUCAUUGUCGUUGAUUUUAAAACUGUCAGUUACCACACCACUAAAAGCAGCACAUGGAGAAACACUCCCCGAUUUUGUUCAUGCUUGAAAAGCGGCUCCAGAUUCCCCCAAAUUUUGCUCCAAUCUCACUGCAUAUAUAUUUUUUUUAAACUGUAAAAAAAAAAAGUGUGUGUCAUCCUUGAGCGUUGAGAAAUAUUUCAGGAUUUAGGGGGAAAAUAUUGCCGCGCUAAACAAAAUCGGGACGUGUGCAGUACAUUUACAUCAUGAUAUGUAAGAUGUUAAUAGGAAAACUAACAUUUCACAGCACCACUCAGUCGUGGCCAUAUUGGUCACUAUUGUUAGUAUAAUUUGAGAUACUUAUCUCAACUUAUAUCUUAAUAUGCAUCUGAAAAAAAACUACCCGGCAACAAUCAGUAUGAUUGUUUUAGCUGAAAAUGCAAAUCAUGCCGUGUUCUGUUGUCGUUUCCAAACCUUCUUGAUGGUUUUUUUCGAUGCGAUCCCUCGUGUUCGACGUCCUCCGCUAGGGUCAAGAAGAAAAAAUUCUCAAAAAACCUGGAUCUGUGCCUUUUCUCUCUCUGGCAGUCUCUGUUCUGCCCUCUGUAAAAUAAAUGAAAUCAUCACCA